AAUAUGAAGUUGGUAAUAAAAAAGUGAUGAAACGUCAAAAAGUGAUGUUCUUAAUAAUCUUCAAAUUAACAAAAAUGAUUAUUUUGUAUUGAAAACCUGUGAAAACGUUCGGAAAAGUUGCGAAUAUCGACGUCAGUCGAUUACGUCAGCGCACAUGCGCUUAGUGAGUCCCAUAUUUUACCACUUCAAUCGUUUUCUUACAAUAGUGAAUCACUAAACGUUGCCGCGUCCGCUGGUCGUUCAACAAACGGCUUACAUAUUCACAUGUUAAAUAGUGCGUAUUUACUGCCAACAAGAUGUUAAUUAAAGAAUACCGUGUAACUCUUCCCUUGACCGUUGAAGAGUAUCAAGUGGCUCAAUUAUACAGUGUUGCGGAAGCUUCUAAGGAUAAUACGGGUGGAGGUGAAGGUAUCGAAGUUUUGAAGAACGAACCAUUCACCAAUUACCCCCUUUUGGGGGGGAAAUACAAUGCGGGGCAAUAUACUUAUAAAAUUUAUCAUUUGGCGAGCAAAGUACCUGCAUUCAUCCGAUUAUUAGCACCGAAAGGAAGUUUGGAGAUACAUGAAGAGGCAUGGAACGCUUAUCCGUAUUGCAAGACUGUUAUAUCGAACCCUCCGUAUAUGAAAGGUAAUUUCACCAUAACCAUUGAAUCAGUCCAUGAAAGCGAUAGAGGUCAAACAGAAAAUGUCCAUGAAUUAACCGGGGAAAAAUUAAAACAACGGGAAGUGGUGUACAUCGAUAUAGCGAAUGAUCCGAUUACAUCCAAUGAUUACAAAGCCGAUGAAGAUCCGAAAACUUAUAAAUCGGUGAAGACUGGACGCGGACCUUUGGAUACUCCCGAUUGGAAAGAUAAAGUUAACCCCGUUAUGACUUGCUAUAAAUUAGUUACGGUAGAAUUUAAAUGGUUCGGAUUACAAAAUCGAGUGGAAACUUUUAUUCAAAAAUCGGAGCGCAGGCUGUUUACGAAUUUCCAUAGACAAGUGGUUUGUUGGAUGGAUAAAUGGCACGGUUUAACGAUGGAGGAUAUUCGAGCAAUCGAAGAUAAAACAAAGGAAGAGUUGGAAAAGUUGCGCCAAAAAGGUGAAGUGCGCGGAAUGCGCGCCGAUUCCGAUUAAAAUUAAA